GGCCAUUUUGGGGGCAGUAAGACCGAGCGCGGCCGAGCCCUCAACACCUCUGCCCGGCACCAUGAGCGAGGCGCCGGAGACCAGCGCCGCCAGCCCCGCGCCCGCCGCGCCGCCCGUCCCGGCCGCGGCUGCCGCGCCGCCCGCGCCCGCCGCUCCGGACGCCGCUCCCAAGAGCGCCGCCAGCGCCGCCGCGCCGGGUGCGGCUGUUGCUGAGGCGGCCCCCGGAGCCGCCGCCGCCCCCACAACCGCGGCGGCCGAGCCGGAGAAGAAAGUGCUGGCCACCAAAGUUCUUGGUACAGUCAAGUGGUUCAAUGUCAGAAAUGGAUAUGGCUUUAUCAACAGAAAUGAUACAAAAGAAGAUGUGUUUGUUCACCAGACGGCCAUAAAGAAAAACAAUCCACGGAAGUACCUGCGCAGUGUUGGUGAUGGAGAGACUGUAGAAUUUGAUGUGGUCGAGGGAGAGAAGGGUGCAGAAGCAGCUAAUGUCACUGGCCCAGAUGGAGUCCCCGUGGAAGGCAGCCGCUACGCUGCAGACCGGCGCCGCUAUCGACGGGGCUAUUUUGGCCGACGCCGGGGACCACCUCGGAGUGGAGGUGAGGGAGAAAUCAAGGAUGGGGUCACAGAAGGAGGGCAACUUCAGCAAGUGCACAGGAAUCCUACCUACCGUCCCCGCUAUCGCAGAGGGCCCCCUCGCCCACGCCCUGCCCCGGUGACUGGAGAGGCCGAAAACAAGGAAAACCAUCACGAGGCCAAUGCCAUGAGCCAGCAGCCGCUGCGCCGCGGCUACCGGCGCCCCUACAACUACCGCCGCCGGCCGCGCCCUGCCAGCGCUCCAGCACAGGAGGGCAAAGAGACAAAGGUAACUGAAACACCUGCUGAAAAUCCUGCUCCAGUGACAGAGCAGAGUGGUGCUGAGUAAUGUCCGGCUCCCCAGGCACCUUUACCAUCGCUCAGGUGUCCUAAAAUACAACUCAAAAGUAACACCAAAGAAACACACAAGCAAUAAAUUAUCAACAGUGAUGACGAAAGCAAAGAUUUGAAAUACCAAAAUGUAAAAGAAAACAAAAUUUACCAGCAGCUGAGAUCCAGGGAACGCCUACAAGAUAGAUG